AUGGAUUUGAUAUCAUUAAAAGGUUCGACACGAAUUGUUACUGAGUUCUUUGAAUAUAGUAUAAAUUCAAUAUUAUAUCAACGAGCAGUAUACCCGGCAGAAGACUUCGCUACAGUUAAGAAGUAUGAUUUGAGCUUAUUAAAAACACAAGAUACAGAACUUAAACAAUACAUACGGGAAAUUCUCCGGCAGGUUCAUAGGUGGUUAUUGGGAGGUAAAUGUCACCAGCUUGUUCUGUGUAUAGUAGAUAAGGAUGAUGGUGAAACAAUUGAAAGAUGGAAGUUUAACGUAGAUUCUCACAGCAACAAGAACGAUACUGAUGAUGAUAUGAACAUUCCAUUAGAGGAAACCCAAAAGGAGAUUCGGGCAGUACUUAGACAGAUAACAGCCAGUGUCACUUUCUUGCCCGAAUUGAAAAAUGAAGGUAACUAUACUUUCAAUGUUUUGGCCUAUACUGAUAGUAAUGCGAAUGUUCCACUAGAAUGGACAGAUUCUGAUUCAAAAGAAAUAGCGAAGGGGGAAUCUGUGCAAUUCAAGUCUUUCGGUACAUCGGCCUAUUCAGUGGGAGCUGAAGUCACUUAUAAGUUCUAA